GUGGUAAUAUCAACAUCCAUACCUUCUUCGAAACUAUCACUCUCUUCUCUGGGAGAGAAAAUGGAGAUAUCAGUUGCAUCCGUAACAAUUUCAGUAGCUGUAGUUGUUGUGUCAUGGUGGGUAUGGAGAACUUUACAGUGGGUUUGGUUUAAACCAAAGAUGCUUGAGAGUUACCUGAGAAGACAAGGUCUUGCCGGAACUCAUUACACACCUCUUAUCGGCGAUUUGAAGAGGAACGUCAACAUGUUGACGGAGGCAACAUCCAAACCCAUCAAACUAACCGACGAUAUCACACCUCGUCUCCUGCCGCAUCCCUUCCAAAUGCUCAAGACUCAUGGAAGGACUUUCUUUACAUGGCUUGGACCCAAACCAACCAUCACCAUAAUGGAACCAGAGCUAAUCAAAGAAGUGUUCAACAAAGUUUAUGAUUACCCUAAGGCGCAAACGUUCCUUUUGAGCAGCCUUAUAGCCACUGGAAUCAUUAAUUACGAUGAAUAUGGUACCUGCGUUCCACCAGAGCUGCAGCGAGAUGUGAUCUCUCGUACUGCUUUUGGCAGCAGCUACAAAGAAGGGCAGAGGAUAUUUGAGCUCCAAGCAGAACUAGUACAUCUCAUCUUACAAGCUUUUUGGAAAGUUUACAUCCCUGGAUAUCGUUAUCUCCCUACGAAGGGUAAUAGAAGGAUGAAAACAGCAGCUAGUGAAAUCCAAGUUAUACUGAGAGGGAUCGUUAACAAAAGAGUAAGGGCUAGGGAAGCUGGGAAAGCACCAAACGACGAUUUGCUGGGUAUACUUCUUGAAUCAAAUUUGGGGCAAGCUAAAGGAAAUGGAAUGAGUACUGAAGAUGUGAUGGAGGAGUGCAAGUUGUUCUAUUUCGCCGGGCAAGAGACAACUUCGGUACUUCUGGUCUGGACAAUAGUUCUGGCCCACCACCAAGACUGGCAGGCUCGUGCACGAGAAGAAGUGAAGCAAGUUUUUGGCGAUAAAGAACCUGAUACAGAAGGCCUUAACCAGCUAAAAGUUAUGACGAUGAUAUUAUAUGAGGUUCUCAGGCCAUAUCCUCCAGUAACUCACCUGACCCGAGCGAUUCACAAAGAGAUGAAGCUAGGUGACUUGACACUACCAGGCGGUGUUCAUAUCAGUCUACCUAUAAUGCUAGUCCAACGCGACACCAAGCUGUGGGGCAACGAUGCAGCAGAAUUCAAGCCUGAGAGAUUCAAAGACGGUCUUUCAAAGGCAACAAAGAGCCAAGUCUCCUUCUUUCCAUUUGCAUGGGGACCGAGGAUAUGCAUCGGCCAGAAUUUUGUCAUGUUGGAGGCAAAGAUGGCAAUGGCGUUGAUUCUACAGAGAUUCUCCAUUGAGCUUUCUCCUUCCUAUGUUCAUGCACCUCAAACAGUCUGGGUUUGGUUUAAACCAAAGACGCUUGAGCGUUACCUGAGAAGACAAGGUCUUGCCGGAACUCCUUACACACCUCUUGUAGGCGAUUUAAAGAGGAAUUUCAGCAUGCUGGCUGAAGCAAGAUCCAAACCAAUCAAACUAACGGAUGAUAUCACACCACGUGUUGUGCCUUAUCCGUUGCAAAUGCUCAAGACUCACGGUAUGGUUCCUGGUUGGCAUCUUGAUUCCUCUGUGUUUAAAACUGUUAAAAGGUUUCAACUUCUGUAUCUCUAUGUGGUUGAAACAGGGAGGACUUUCUAUACAUGGCUUGGACCCAUACCAACAAUCAACAUAAUGGAUCCUGAGCAAAUCAAGGAAGUGUUCAACAAAGUUUAUGAUUUCCAGAAAGUACAUACGUUCCCUUUGGCCAGAUUAAUAGCCGCUGGACUCGUUAGUUAUGAUGGUGAUAAAUGGGCGAAACACCGAAGAAUCAUCAACCCAGCUUUCCACCUUGAGAAGAUCAAGAAUAUGGUACCUGCGUUCCACCAGAGCUGCAGCGAGAUUGUUGGCGAAUGGGACAAGUUAGUGUCGGAUAAAGAGUCGUCCUGUGAGGUGGACGUUUGGCCUGGGCUUGUGAGUAUGACUGCAGAUGUGAUCUCCCGCACUGCUUUUGGCAGCAGCUAUGUAGAAGGGCAGAGGAUAUUUGAGCUCCAAGCCGAACUAGCACAGCUCAUCAUACAAGCUUUUCAGAAAGCUUUCAUCCCUGGAUAUCAUUAUCUCCCUACGAAAGGUAAUAGAAGGAUGAAAGCAGCAGCUAGAGAAAUCCAAGUUAUACUGAGAGGGAUCGUUAACAAAAGGUUAAGGGCGAGAGAAGCUGGGGAAGCACCAAGCGACGAUUUGCUGGGAAUACUUCUUGAAUCAAAUUUGGGGCAAACAGAAGGAAAUGGAAUGAGUACCGAGGAUGUGAUGGAAGAAUGCAAGUUGUUCUAUUUCGCUGGGCAAGAGACAACAACAGUACUUCUGGUUUGGACAAUGGUUCUGUUAAGCCAACACCAAGAUUGGCAGGCUCGUGCACGAGAAGAAGUGAAGCAAGUUUUUGGCGAUAAAGAACCUGACACAGAAGGCCUGAACCAACUCAAAGUUAUGACGAUGAUAUUAUAUGAGGUCCUUCGGCUAUAUCCUCCGGUAAGCCAGCUGACUCGAGCCAUUCACAAAGAGAUGAAGCUAGGCGAUCUGACGCUACCAGGCGGUGUUCAUAUCAGUCUACCUAUAAUGCUAGUCCAACGCGACACGGAGCUGUGGGGAAAGGAUGCAGCGGAGUUCAAGCCAGAGAGAUUCAAAGACGGUCUUUCAAAGGCAACAAAGAGCCAAGUCUCAUUCUUUCCUUUUGCGUGGGGACAGAGGAUCUGCAUUGGCCAGAAUUUUGCACUGCUUGAGGCAAAGAUGGCAAUGGCACUGAUUCUACAGAAAUUCUCCUUCGAGCUUUCUCCAUCCUAUGUUCACGCGCCUGACACAGUCUUCACCAUUCACCCACAAUUCGGUGCUCCUCUUAUCUUGCACAAACUCUAAUCGUAUAACCCCUUUUGUUGUUGUCAAUUAUACACUAAAUACACAGAUCGUAAUACAAAACUCAAUUCUUG